CAGAAGGAACGCCGCCUCGUUCGCGUGGAAAUUUUUUCACGUCGUCUCACGAGAGACCUGUACUGCGGCGGAAGCCAUGACCCGUGUGACGGAGGACGGCGAUGGCAGGGCGGUCGUUGGCAAUCCGCUGCUGGUCCAAUGCGGCGGCGGGGCGCAGUCGGCCGUCGCCGGCUACCCGCUGCCGAAGGAGCCGCCGCCGCUGCGGUCGUCGACGCGGCGGGGACGAACUUACCGGCGGCGACGCCCCUCCGCCCUCGCGUCCUGCAGGGUGUUUGCAAUGGCCUUUCUGGUUGUCAUGGCGCUCGCAUUGGUGACAGAAUUCUUCCUCGUUGUGUUUCACGACACAUUUCUAAGUCCCUUCAGCGUGUUGCUAUUCUUGCCUAUAACUGCCCUGCUGAUCGCCGCAUGCUACGCCGGCGGGCUCGCGUUGAUCGUUUGCUUCGAUGACGGACAAAACGAAAGCAACCGCCCGAUGCAACAUUCCCCUGUCUAGGCCGAGUUCACAUCCUACUACUAUUACAAUUAUAUUAAUAUCAUUAUAGCCACUGAUAUAUGAAUACACCGAUCGGAAAGAUCCAUAUGUCAAUGGUUUUAAUUGGCAGUGCCAUUAUAGUAGAGGAUACAGAGCACUAGGGGCUAAGUGGCAGUAAUCAGGCAGUAGGUCGGCAGACAGUUUUUCUCGUUUGUUCCUUUUCAGAAUGUCAUGUUAUUGUUGACAGUUUACAUCGAGUUUAUGUGCUGGUUGCAUAAUAUCGGGGAGGAUUAGAACAUAGCAUUAUUUUUCAGGGAUAAAAUUUUUCUUCUUUCUGAGAUUGAGCUGAUUGUUCCUUUGCUCU